AUGCCCUACGUCUGUGUGACCUAUGAUACAUCAUCGGGAUUCUUGGACACGACACUCCCUGCUAUGGAUCUUUCUGCUUGUGGUAUUAUGGCUUUGGCAAAGCUUCCUCGAUUACAGCAUCUCACCCUUUAUGGCACCGAGCAGCCGGAAUUACAGCAAGCGUUGGAAGAUUUCAUGACAGAAUCAUGCAAAUGCAGUUAG